UAAUUACACCAUUUCCUAAUAAUGUAAUAGAAGGCCGGGUAGAUUCAAAAUACUCAUCCUUUUUCAUUACAUACUCCAUAUGUUAUUAGUAUGGGAAUGGACAUGAUAAUCCAAUUAGGGGUUCUACUGUUCACAAUCGGAAUAUUCUACGCCAUGUACAAUCUUCCCAGGCGAGCUUUCACCCGAACCCGGUUAAGAGACCGCUCCAACAACCAGGCUCACCAGCAUUUCAUUCUGGGCGCCCAACUACUAUCCAAAGCCCGAUCCUCCCGGAGCAAGUCCGCCUCAUUCAAGCUCGCCAAGGCCGCCGCCGGCGAGGCUGACAAAGUACUUACGCUCGACCCCAGGGACCCCGCCGCGCACAUCCUAAAGGCCCUUGUACUGGACCUAAUGGGCCACAAGGCCGCCGCGCUGAAAUCUCUGGACACGGCGCUUUCUCCGCCGUCCGUAAGGGAGCUGUCGGAUCGGGAAAGAGGGGACGCUCUGUUCAAGCGGGCGGAGUUGCAGGUGGCGCUUAAUCGGAGGAGACGAGCGAGCUCUGCGGUGGCGGAUCUCGAGCAGGCCGUGAAGCUGAGCGCGGACAAUGCCGGCGCUUACUGUCUAUUGGGCCGCUGUUAUGAGAUGGAGGGCCUGAAGGAGGAGGCUGAGAAGUCGUUCCGAAGUGCGUUGAGGAUCGAACCGGAGUUGGCUGCAGCCCAUGAAGGGUUGGGUCGCUUACGCCCAUAAUGUUUUUGUGGGCUUAGAUAGAUUGUUAGUUGAGACUUGAGAAGAUGACAGUUCAGCCAUUUUCAUUUUCACCAUCACAUAUCUGUAUUUUGAAGUACAUUUUCCCUGUUUUGUAAUUAUACAGAGUACUACCUCCGUAACGUAAAUAUCUUCUCACUUUCCUUUUUUGGACGUAAC